GUCUAGUAGGAACGAACGGUAUAGGAAAGAGUACAGCGUUGAAAAUAUUGGCGGGGAAACUAAAGCCCAACUUGGGGCGUUAUGAUGUGCGUUGCAAUUUUUUACUCAUCAAGAUUCAUCGGUUUCGUGGUCAGGAUUCAUUCAAGACAAGGAAUAGGAUUCCUGUACCAAUCGCGCUUUGCUUUCGAGGGUGAAUUCUGUCAAAAGGACAUUGCCUGUGGUUCAUACAAAACUUACCCACGGUUUCGCUCCCUGCUACGACCAGUCCCACCACGGCAUAUUUUUGGUGUGUCGGGUUCGUUCAGUGGUCCUGGUUAUGACACCUGGGAUUGCAAGGUCUGGCGGGGAGGCCUAAAACUCGAAUUCAAAAGCGCGAAGUAUUGGUCCUAUCACUCGUCUCUGAAUGAAUUUGGACCUAGAAGAUGUGAUUUACCCGAAUCUGCAGGAUCCUCCCGAUUGGCAAGAGAUUCUCAAAUAUUUCCGUGGAUCCGAACUACAAAAUUAUUUCACCAAGGUAUUGGAAGACAAUCUGAAGGCCUUGAUCAAGCCCCAAUACGUCGAUCAUAUCCCCAAAGCUAUCAAGGGCAAGAUGUCGGUUUCGCAGAUGUUGGACUCCAAACUAGAGCUGGACAACAAACAGCGGAUCUGCAAUGAACUCGAGCUGAACCAGGUCUUAGACAGAGACGUGUCACAACUUUCCGGUGGAGAACUACAGCGUUUUGCCAUUGCAAUGUCGUGUAUACAGAAAGCUGAUGUAUACAUGUUCGAUGAACCGUCCAGUUAUCUCGAUAUCAAGCAGCGUCUCAAAGCCGCAGAAGUAAUCCGGUCUUUGCUUACGCCCGAUCGCUAUGUUAUUGCUGUCGAACACGAUCUGUCUGUCUUGGAUUAUCUCUCCAACUUCAUCUGCUGUUUGUACGGGAAACCAUCCAUGUACGGCGUUGUAACCAUGCCUUAUUCAGUUCGGGAAGGAAUCAACAUCUUCCUGGACGGUUUCAUCCCAACGGAGAAUCUACGGUUCCGAGAAGACUCGCUUUCCUUCAAAAUGGUUGAAACGGCAGAGGAGUUCAUUCUCGAGAAAACUGCACAGUACUCGUAUCCUGCUAUGACGAAGACCUUGGGCAGCUUCAAGCUUUCCGUCGAGGCUGGAAGUUUUACGGACUCGGAAAUCAUCGUGAUGCUUGGCGAGAAUGGCACCGGGAAGACCACUUUCAUCCGUCUUCUCGCUGGAGACACGCCUGACGUCGAGACCGAUAAGCAGAGUUUGUCGGUGUCCUUGAAGCCCCAGACGAUUUCUCCUAAGUUCUCCGGCACUGUCCGCAUGCUGCUGUUGAAGCGGAUCAAACAAGCAUUCAUGCACCCCCAAUUCCAAACUGAUGUUGUCAAGCCUAUGAGCCUUGAGAACAUAAUGGAUCAAGAAGUGAAGACGUUGUCCGGUGGUGAAUUGCAGCGUGUUGCCAUCGUUCUUGCUUUGGGAGUGCCUAAUGUCUCUUUGUACUUGCUCGAUGAACCUAGUAGUUUCUUGGAUUCCGAGCAGCGUAUCAUAGCAAGUAAAGUCAUCAAACGAUUCGUUCUUCACGCCAAGAAGACGGCGUUUGUCAUCGAGCACGAUUUCAUCAUGGCUACCUAUCUCGCAGAUCGUGUCAUCGUGUUCGAAGGUCAGCCCGCUGUGGCCGCGACUGCUACACCACCUCAGACUCUGCUGUCUGGCAUGAACAGAUUCCUAGCGUCUUUAGAGAUUACGUUCCGUCGUGAUCCCAUGAACUACAGGCCUCGGGUGAACAAGCUUAACAGUAUAAAAGACCGCGACCAGAAGGCGUCCGGAAAUUACUUCUUCUUGGAGGAUUAAUGGGAGUCAGAGUCGUAGGUAGUGGUGCAGCUCCGAAUGCAUUCGUAGCUUGAUUGAUCUCAGCACUUCACAAGGUAGUCGAUCCUCCAGUAUUUUGCUGGGUCCUUUAUGCUGGUUAACCGGGAGCUCCGUCUGGCAAUGAAGGAUCUAGAUACGGAUACGAGGACGAGAUUAGAAUGCAUAUUUUCGAUGAUAG